CAGACAGCCGGCGGCACCCGAGGGGCAGCCCCGCUGCCCACCGCAAGAACCGGACAGGGGGAAGCCCGCGGCCGUUCCGCCCCGCAGGCAGUGCGCAGGCCCGGCCCGGGCGGCUGUCGGUCGGUCGGUUUGUCCGUCGGUCAGUCAGCCAUGUGGGUGUUCGGCUACGGCUCCCUCAUCUGGAAGGUGGAUUUCCCUUACGAGGAGAAAAUGGUGGGGCGCAUCCAGGGCUACAGCCGCCGCUUCUGGCAGGGCAGCACCGACCACCGCGGCGUGCCGGGCAAGCCUGGAAGAGUUGUGACUCUGGUUGAAGACCCUGAGGGGUGUGUAUGGGGUGUUGCCUACAGACUGCCAGCUGGACAAGAAUGUGAAGUAAAGGAAUACUUGGACUUCAGAGAGAAAGGAGGCUACAGAACUACAACUGUCAUUUUCUAUCCCAAAGACUUGUCAGUAAACCCAUUUGAUGUCUUGUUAUACAUCGGAACUUGCGAUAACCCAAACUACCUUGGUCCAGCACCUCUAGAAGAAAUUGCUCAACAGAUUUAUAAUGCUGUUGGUCCCAGUGGAAGAAACACAGAGUAUCUCUUUGAACUCGCUAAUUCUAUUAGGAACCUUGUCCCCGAAGAUGCAGACGAGCAUCUCUUCUCCUUAGAGAAACUAGUAAAGGAACUGCUGGAAAAGCAUCAAAACCUAAAUUGUCUAUAAAACAACUUUUAAUGAUCUUGCUCCAUCUUCAGAGGAAGGCUUUCAUUGCACAAUGGGUAUAUGACUUGGAGACAGUCUUCUCCGUACUAUGCUAUCUUAUUAAUACUGCAUUCAAAAUAGCAGUUGGUCGUUAAAAUAUGCUGUUACAUAAAUAAUUAUUUUAAGCAUCUAUAGAAAGGGGAGUAGGGGAAGUGUUUUAGGUUUGAAUUUGGUAUAUUGGGUUUUCAUCCAAAGAUUAUGUCAUUAUGCAAAUCUCAGGUGAACCACUUAUGCUUCUCUUUGAGGAUUUUCUUUAAAUUAUUAUUAUUUCAGGUUUAAAAUAAAAUAUUAGAAUAUUUUAAAGAUCAAGAUCUGCAUUCAAAUACAACUCACAUUGAUCUAAGUGAUAGUUCUUAGUACUUUCUGAUUUGAGACCAUAGGUAUGGUGCUUAAUGCAGGUAAAGGGAUAAAUGUUAGGUAGUAAAUUGCAUAGGAGAAAGUUUAUCACUCAACUUAAUUUCAGUGAAGUUACUCCACUAAAUUAGUCAUCUUACCCUCUAUAUAUUAUUUUGCCUAUAAAAGCAGAAGAUAAACCACUUCAUGUCAAGGAAAUCUUUCCCUUAGUUCAUUAGGUCAAGCCCACCCAAAAACCCUAAGGUACAGGGUACUUCAACAAAAACAAGCCAUAAUGUAUCAGUGCCUCAUUUUACUUCUUAAGAUUAAUGUAAAGAAUAAAGCCAAAAUGUUAAAAUUAAUCCGAGCGUUUGACUUGAAGCCACAAUUCAGCCAGAAUGUUCAGAAAUUCUCAUCUUUGUUGACUUUAAAUGCUGUUUUAACCCCAUCUCUCAAAAUAUUCAUCAGUCUCUAAGGAUAGAUUUUAAGCCACUAAACUUUUUUCAACCACUAUUCUAGGGAUUCCUGGACAAAAGACAAUAAAGAACGGAACCUUCUUUUCAGCAACCUGAAGUAUGUUGUAUGAAUAUCCAAAUAACAAUAGAAGCCACCAGUCUAGGCUAGUAGGUUUACUUUAUGCAAAACAUAAGCAACCCGUUUCUGUCCCAAAAGAACUUGUCUUGCUUCUCAAAAAUCUCAGUUAUUUUUGUUAAAUUUUAACAAAGUAUAUUUUUGUAUGUUAAUAUAGGAAUUGUCCUAUUUCAAACACCAUGUAAUGUCACAUCUUCUCAUACAGAGAAUGUAUGUUUGGUAGUAGUGUGAGAGGAUCAGUAAUUACAACACCAAUACAUUUCUACAAUAUAGUUUGUCCCUUUUUCUUCUAGAUAUUUUCCUGUUUUAGAUUUGUAAUUGCUUGAUAGCAUCAGGGUUAUCAAAAUAAGAAGCUGCUAUUAUUUUACUUGGCUACCUACAAAAGCCAACAAGAACAUAAAUGUAUGUUAAUAGGAAGCACUUGAGAAAGGCAGCUAGAUGAUCAGAAAAUAGGAUAUUAAAAUACAAACCUAAAUUUUAGAUAAUUAGAUCACUUAAAAUAUUUAAGCAAGAAAGCUGUGGUUUUUUUACAAACCAGAUCAUAACAGUGUGCCUCUGGUAUCUCUCAAGCUUUGAUUCAUUGAGGGGACAAAAAAAGUCAGAUUUUAGAAUCUACUGUUUAUUAAAAUGCCACUAUUUUAAGAGUGUAUGAUAGGACAUCACUUGAGGAACUACUGUAAACUGCAGAAGCAAAAUCAUCAUAUGUACUAAGGCCCCAUUUUUCCAUUAGUAUAUGAGUUAUCUAUGACUAACCAUCCUUCCAAACUCUUGAUUGGCUACCACACUGUGUGCAUGUAAGACUGACAUAACCAAGUGACAAGCAACCCCAACCAAUUCAGCUGCACAGUGGGAGAGCUGGAUCUGAACUUCCAGGUGUCUGUAUGUGGCUGUUUGAGUGACUUCACAUGCCAAAGCUGGACAGUGAUAACUGUCACCCAAAUCACCAUUAAUAAGCGUGCUGUUACACAUGCAUUUAUUCAUCUUGGCACAAAGAGUAACUCAUAAGUGUUACUGGAUACUUAAAAGAGUCACGUAUGAUUUAUUUCAGGAAUAAUUAAGUGUUGAAAGGAAUAAUUUCCUCAAGAAAACACCUACAACAAUGACAGCACUUCCUUUCUUGUGCUUACUUCAUAUUCAAGCAAGCUGUAAUAAAGUUAAAAUAUGUACAAUGGCACAUCCACUCUGUAUUUUUAAAAAUUCCUUCCUUGAAGACUUAUGUUUGUUCCUUAAAACAAGGCACUCACUCACUAAAUGAUAGAAAGAAAUCAGUUAUUAUUCCCUCUUUAAAAUACUUAUUUAAGCACUGUGUUGGGGUAUUGUGAUUUGAUGAUGUAUGGCUCUGUAUUUUGUAUCUUCAAUUCUGUUUGGGACAUUCUUGGUUCAUUUGCUUUCCAGAUUCAUAAAACUUGCAAUAAUAUCUGUAAUGAUACAUUCCAGUUUCUGCAUAUAACUUCAGUACAAUAAAAAUGCAUGACAUUU